CCCAGCGCAGAUGCAAGUGCAAGCUGAUCAAACGCAGGAAUACAUAACAACUGAAUCCUGCUCUGGGAGCAACGCGGAACGACAGCAUGAGUCAGGAUGAACGAUUUGCAUUUCUUGCCGAAUGGUAUGACCCAAAUGCUGCCCUUCUAAGGCAGUAUCAGUUUCUGUUUUAUCCAAAAGAUCGGUCAGUUGAAAUGUUUGACAUGAAAAACCAUUGUACCUUUUUAAGAAGGACAAAAUAUGACGAUAUAAAACUGCAAAAUCUCUUUGUGGGCAACCGUUUGAACGUGUUUUCACGGCAGCUUCACUUAAUAGACUAUGGGGACCAGUACACAGCAAGCAAACUGGGCAGCAGUAAAGAAAAAACACUUGCUAUUAUCAAGCCAGAUGCUACUGACAAGAUGGGAACAAUAAUUCAAUUGAUCUAUGAUGCAGGCCUGACAGUAACCAAAGCAAAAAUGACCGCUUUGUCACGGAAGGAGACCAUGGACUUCUAUGCAGAACAUCAGUCAAAGUCUUUCUUCAAUAACCUUGUUCAGUUUUUAUCCUCUGGCCCGGUUGUUGCCAUGGAGAUCCUGGGAGAUGAGGCUGUGACUGCCUGGAGAAGGCUCCUGGGGCCAACAGACUCGAGUGUGGCUCGAAACGAGGCUCCAGACAGCGUGAGAGCAAAUUUUGGCACAGAUGGCACCAAGAAUGCUGGGCAUGGUUCUGAUUCACUUGCAUCAGCAGCAAGAGAGCUGGAGUUUUUCUUCCCAUCAACUGGUCGUGGCCCGUCUAAUACUGCAAAGUAUACUGACUGCACUUGUUGCCUUAUUAAGCCUCAUGCAAUUGCAGAAGGGCUCACUGGCAAGAUUUUUAAUGCAAUCAGUGAUGCCGGAUUUAAAAUAUCAGCUUUGCAGAUGUUCAAUGUGGACCGUGCAAAUGCAGAAGAGUUUUAUGAGAUUUAUAAAGGAGUUGUCGCUGAGUACACUGGUAUGGUUGCAGAGCUGUGCUCUGGACCUUGUAUGGCAUUAGAGAUCCAUGGAUCAGAGGCUCCAAAGACAUUUCGAGAAUUCUGCGGGCCAGUUGACCCUGAAAUUGCCCGUCACCUUCGUCCCCAAACAUUGAGAGCUGUCUUUGGAAAAAACAAAGUUCAGAAUGCUGUGCAUUGUACAGACCUGCCAGAUGAUGGGAUUUUGGAGGUCCAGUAUUUUUUCAGGAUUCUGGAUGGAUGAACAAACUUCUGGACCACACACAUGCAUAUUUGUUACACGUUUUAAAUUAAAAAAAAAAAAAAAGACACUGUUGCAAAGCAUGUGUAAUUUCUCAAUUUUAUUUGAUGUUUUAACUGGAUUAAAUAAAUGACCAACAAGAGUACUUUAACUCCUGACAUGUGUACAGAUGUUAAAACAUUGAUUUUUGCACUUCUACACCAAUAAAACAUCCUCUAGCUUGGGGUACUACAUUGCUUCAACUUCAAAUAAACUUCCACCACUGACUUUGGUAUUAAUUAAAUUUAUUUAUACAAUACACUUUCCUUGCAGAAAAAUAAAAUUGUACAACAACUGCAUAAAUAAAUUCUUCCACCAUGAAAAUGGUUAAAACUAUUCUUUAUGAAGAUGGAUCACUGUGUGAUGCCUUCCAAAAAAAAAAAAAAAAAAGGAACAAAACAAUAGCACCUACCAACUCACUUGCCAAAUGAUCUAGACUCAAAUGUCUCGCACAUUUUUAUAACAUACUGGACGACUAAAAAGAAACAGAAAAUUGAAAGUAAAGCAUCCCAUAUUUGUGGUGCAAAAGUGAUACAAAUUUAUUCUACAAUGAAUGGACUAAGAAACACACUACAUAAAUAAGGUAAAGAACUGCACGGAUUGCAGUCUUUUUUUUUUAUGCACAGACCUAGACAAAUCAGAGUGUACCAUGCCAGUAUUUCAGUUAGUAAGUGUAUAUACACACACACACACCUUGGACCGCUAAAGCUUGCUCACAUUAGAAAAUACAGGAAUUACAACAUGGCUUGGAAAGGACAAUUGUAUGCAACUACAGUACUGUACACUCCAAACAAACAAACCACACAAGGCAGCAAUACUUGGGGGACAAACACUGCUCGCUACAUCAGUAGUGGAAUCAUAAUUUACAGUAAUAAUGAACAUGUCCCAUGGCUCAAGAAAUCUCAUUCAGUAGAAUAAAUACUUUACUGCUAUUGCUACUCUUAAAUUUAC